AUGUCGAACCUGAUCAAGGAAUGCGAAGACCUCGUUGAUGAUGGCAUUCCAAACGAGUUCAAGGAAGCAGAUGCAACAAUGAUAGGCAAGAAACCAGAGGUACUUGUUAAAUGGGGCCCUGUGACGCUCUGUGGUCAGCACACAGGCCCGGGCUACAAGAGCAUCAAUCUCAGACUUCCGGGCCUCAAGCAAUGGCUCAGGAAGCUGGCGUCAAGCGGCAUAGGACCUGCCGAUGAGUAUCAAGGUGUCAGGUACAAGUUCAUUGACAACACAAGAUCCGAUACCGAUUCCGAUAGCUCGGUUUCCAACCUCUAG